ACUUGCGCUGAGGCAGCCAAUUGCAGUCUGCUUUGUUGGAUGGUCUGUAAAGAAAGGGUCACGGAGUAUUCCGCAGACAUGAUGGGACCACCGGGGAUGCCACCUCACUUCCCUCCGAUGGGCAUGCCACCAAUGGGACAGAGACCUCCAAAUAUGACACCCAUGCCACCAGGGAUUAUACCACCAAUGAUGCCCCCUAUGGGUGGGCCACCAAUGGGACAGAUGCCGGGCAUAAUGCCUCCAAUGAUUCCAGGAAUGAUGUUGCCCCCACGCAUCCCAGCUGCUCCAUUACAACCUACAGGGCCACCAGGUGUUAACGGUUCAGAUGCUGCUGUAGCUUCAGCUGUACCUGCACCUCUGGCUGCAAAUCCAGCAGUAUCCGUUCUUCAGCAAGGUGCUGCAUCUAGUAGCUCACCUCAAGAUGAUCAGCAAAAGAAGAAGUCUGUAUGGACUGAGCACAAGUCUCCAGAUGGAAGAACAUAUUACUAUAAUACAGAAAGUAAACAGUCAACAUGGGAAAAGCCAGAUGAACUUAAGUCCCCCUUUGAGCAAAUGCUCUCCAAAUGCCCAUGGAAAGAAUACAAGUCAGAUACCGGGAAACCUUAUUAUUAUAACUCUCAAACAAAGGAAUCUCGCUGGACAAAGCCUAAAGAGUUAGAGGAUCUAGAAGCAAUGAUUAAGGCUGAAGAAAAUGGAACGACUGAUGUUGCAACACCUGCUACUGUGCCUCCUGCUUCAGUACCAGUCUCUGAAACAAAUUCUCUUCCAGCCGAGGCUGAAACAGUAGCUCCAACUGUUUCUGAGGAACCACCCGUUCAGGCUCCUGUUGUAGCUGUAGAGGAACCACCAGAAACCACUGUUAAUUCAGUAGAAGAAGUUCCUGUACAAGAAGUCCCAGUUAAUGAUAUACCCAAAAAAGAAGAGAAGCCUGAAGUAGUGAAAAAAGUAUACAAAUGGAACACAAAAGAAGAAGCCAAACAAGCUUUUAAAGAACUUCUAAAAGAAAAGGGUGUCUCUUCAAAUUCUACUUGGGAACAAGCUAUGAAGCUAAUCAUAAAUGAUCCUAGAUACAGUGCAUUGCCUAAACUGAGUGAGAAGAAGCAAGCGUUUAAUGCUUAUAAAGUACAAACUGAGAAAGAAGAAAAGGAAGAAGCUAGAAUUAAAUACAAAGAAGCCAAGGAAACUUAUCAGAGAUUUCUGGAAAAUCAUGAGAAAAUGACAUCAACGACCAGAUACAAAAAAGCAGAACAAAUGUUUGGAGAACUAGAAGUAUGGACAGCUGUUCCAGAAAGAGACCGAUUAGAAAUCUAUGAAGAUGUUUUGUUUUACUUAGCAAAAAAGGAAAAGGAACAAGCGAAACAGUUAAGGAAAAGGAAUUGGGAAGCUCUAAAGAACAUCUUAGAUAAUAUGGCAAAUGUUACAUAUAGCACAACAUGGUCCGAGGCACAGCAGUAUCUUUUGGAUAACCCUACAUUUGCCGAGGAUGAAGAAUUACAGAAUAUGGAUAAAGAGGAUGCACUUAUUUGCUUUGAAGAGCAUAUACGGGCAUUAGAAAAAGAAGAGGAAGAAGAGAAACAGAAAUCUAUGCUAAGAGAAAGAAGACGGCACAGAAAAAACAGGGAAGCCUUUCAGAAAUUUUUGGAUGAGUUACAUGAUCAUGGCCAGCUACAUUCAAUGUCUGCUUGGAUGGAGAUGUAUCCAACUGUUAGCUCAGACAUACGAUUUUCCAAUAUGCUAGGUCAGCCAGGUUCAACACCACUAGAUCUUUUCAAGUUUUAUGUGGAGGAUCUGAAAGCAAGGUAUCAUGAUGAAAAAAGAAUAAUAAAAGAUAUACUUAAGGAUAAAGGAUUUACGGUGGAAGUAAAUACCACUUUUGAAGAUUUUGGAACAGUUAUCAGCUCAGACAAAAGAGCUACAACAUUAGAUGCUGGCAACAUCAAACUAGCAUUUAACAGUUUACUAGAGAAAGCAGAAGCACGAGAAAGAGAGCGAGAGAAAGAAGAAGCCAGAAAAAUGAAGCGGAAAGAAGCUGCAUUUAAGAGCAUGCUGAAACAAGCCACACCCCCCCUUGAGCAUGACUCCACAUGGGAAGAUGUUCGUGAUAGGUUUUUAAAAGAACCCGCAUUUGAAGACAUUACAUUAGAAUCAGAAAGAAAAAGAAUAUUCAAGGACUUUAUUCACAUUUUAGAGCAUGAAUGUCAACACCACCAUUCAAAGAACAAGAAACACUCCAAAAAAUCCAAAAAGCAUCACAGAAAGAGAUCUCACUCACAUUCGGCUUCUGAGUCUGAGGAGGAUGACUAUCAAUCAAAGAAAAAAAAAAGAUCGCCAUCUAGAUCACCAUCAGAGCACUCAUCUAGUGGAGAAUCUGAAAGAAGUUAUAAAAAAUCAAAGAAACACAAGAAGAAGGCCAAAAAGAGGAGACACAAGUCUGCAUCUCCAGAAUCAGAAGGUGAAAGGGACAGAAAAGGUCGAGAUCGAGAUCGAGACCGAGAUCGCGAUAGGGAUCGUGACAAAGACAAGGAACGGGAGAAGGAAAAAGAAAAUGAAAAAUCUAGGAGCAGACCUCAAGCAGAAUCAAAACAGAAAUCUCCAAAAAGAAAAUCUGCAAAAGAAGAAGGUGGUUGGGACACAUCAGGCAGUGAGUUGAGUGAAGGCGAACUAGAAAAAAGAAGAAGAACUCUGUUGGAGCAACUCGAUGCUCCCUAAUGUUUUUGUUCUCAUUUGUUUAUUUUCAGGAUAACUUAAGCAAUUUUGCAUUCCUUGUAUUUUUAUUCUUUGUAUUUUUAAAAUAGUUUCACCUGACAUGCUUUAGUCAUUGUAGAUUAAAAACAAAUUCACUCAAAUUCUUGCCUCUUGUAAUCUGUAUCAGCAUUGUGAAAAUGAUUACUUGAAUUUAUUUUGAUAAAAAAUACAAUGCUGAGUUUCCAUGAAAGUAUUGUGUAAGAGCUGUAACAUUUCUUUACAUAAAGGGGACUGGGGGUAUAAUUCAUAAUGAAAACUGUUGAAGUCUCGUUUAAUUUUUAAAAAAUGUUUGAAGGCUAAAUGUCUUCUUGUUUUUUUUAUUUUAAUAAACUUGGCAGAAUUUAAGCAUGAUGCAUUAUUUUUUUAAUGAACUCUAAAGAAAGUACUUGUAUAUAUCUAAUAUGCCAUUAAACUAGACAUACUCUGCAAAUUUAAA